UCACAUGGCCAACACCCCAAAGCCAAGAACCAAGACCGUCACGACAACCACCUGCACUCUAUAUUCGUAUCCAUUCCGCCCAGUCGCUUUGCCCGCCGGAGCAGUCUGCUGCCCGUCACCCCAGGUGAAGGAGAAGAAGGGCUCUGCGGGAGGGGUCUGGGUGCUCUCCUUCUCUUCUGUCUUCGGCUUCUCUUUCGCUUCCGUCUUAUCACUUGUUGUGUCUUCACUCUUUGCUUUCUCUUCAUGUUUAUCUGUGGCUUUGGACUCGACGGGUGUCUCACCCUCAGUAGCCGCUCUCCCAUUCUCCGGGCUGGCCUCUCUCUUCUUAGCACCAGCUUCAGCACUUCCUUCCUUUUCACCAGGUGGCGUCUCUACUUUGUCGUCUUCCUGCUUGGCGGGGGGCAGGCUCAUAUUCUCUUUUGUUGAUGCUUGUGUCUCGGCAGGCUGAGGUGCAUGGCCCUCUUCCUUCUUGGCUGCUGGUUGUGGAGAUGGAGGCGGGGAGGGGGCUGGGGCUACGUGUGUUGGGCCCUUAAUGACCGGUGUCACCAACCCAUUACACUCUGCACACCCAUACAGGCGAGUGAGAUAGGCGUUGUUGUCUUCUGCCUGACCCGUUCUCCUACUUUUCUGUGUCUUCUCAGCGGCGCUCCGUGUCGUCUCGUCAAAGGGGCUCCACUGCAGCUGCUUGGACGCCUUGAACACACAGCAGGGACGAGACACCGUUGUGCCCUUGUCGCCACCAGCUUUCGUGUCAACAAACUCAAACAAUGCGCCACCGGCCGAGGGAUAGCGAAAUGUGACAGAGGGUGGUGCUUCCUUCUUGUGUAGGUGGGCUGGGAGGUCAGCGGCAGCAAUUGUCUUCUUUUCCGUCUCUCGCUGUGGUGGUACUGGCGGUGGUGUAGGCGGUGUCGACUUCUCGAUAGCAAUCCAGCCCUCUCCUUCUUUUCCUUUUUCAGGCACAGGUUUGGACGGCAUGAUGAGUGACGUCAAUGGAAUAUCUUCGUUGUGCAGGUUAUGCAUGGGCAUCUCCUCUGGCGGCGGAUCGAGCUCACUCCCCCGCUGCAGAAUGUCCACCUCUUCCUCUGAAUCGCCCUCUACUUCAUCAUUCCGGCGGUCCCUCACCGAAGGGCCGACGGUGCUUGUUUCCUCGAUGAAGGACACCGGCUGUGGACGUGACUCAGCCGGCUUUUCGCCCAGUGUCAGCAGCUCGAUGCCGGACGGAUUUUCUGUAUACAUGCCAGCGUCCUGAUCAGCCUCAGCAUCAUAGCUAGCUGUAAGCCUCGUCGACGGAGCACAUCCCUUACACGGCGCCACGAGCGGCGAUGUCUCUUGUGUGUAGGGGUUGCGGGAGCGAGUGGUGCCAGCGGAUAGUGACAGGGCAUUUGACAAGGACGACAGGAUGGGCUGAUCAAAGAAGCCGCCUGUGGAUGACUGGAGGAGGCUGAUGGGUGGUGAAUCGGCGGAGACAGCUGGCGGCACAAGGGUCACAUUCUCUAUGCGAAUGAUCUGUCGACACCAAACACACACGUAUAUCCCGAUCAGCUGGUGUUGCUGACCUUUAGUGUGUUGGAGAAAUCAUCGACCGACGGCGCUGUCGUCAUCCGGCCAAUGGAGACCUUGACAGCCUCGCGCACCUUCGCCAAGAGUGUCGCCCUUCCCUCUGGCGAUGCAAGCGGCAACAACACGCCCUGAGCCACAGAGCGCACACGGAUGUUCGCGGCACACAGAUAGGAAAACAUAGAGAGACGUCCCCUUCUCCCCACUGACCUUGACGUCGCUCCGUCGCCUCGCAGCUGUGGCAAGGAAGACAUCAAUUAUUGACACCCCGCCACCUGCCUCCCCUCGCUGCCGCAUCUGCAUGACGGACAAGUCAGUGGCCGACACAUCCUGGCUCCUCAUCAAGUCAGCCAGUGCGGUUGCUGCGGUGGCCUCGAAGGAUGCGGCAAUCCACCGACACGCAGAGGACGGCAAGGGAAGGGGCGACGGCGGGGAGGAAGGAGAAGGCUUGCUCACUGAAUCUUCUUGUCGAGCCGGAGCGUUCUUGCCCUGGUCUGUGGUGGCGUGUAUUGGUAUCCAUUCACCGCCGGUCUUGGGCUGAGGCUGUGGCGGGGGCUGUGACAUGUCUCUGGGAGUAAGGUCCUUGUCUGAAGGCUUCUGCUCCUCACUCGGUGUUUGUGGUGGAGGCACUUGCGUUUCCGUGUGUCUUGUACCUUCCUGGCUUUUGAGCGCCGGCGGAGCCUUGUCAUUCGCCGGUAGUGGCUGCUGUGCGUCGGUGGGGGCGUGAUUCGCCGGUUGAUUUGGCGUCGGUGGUGCUGUGUGGGACGUGUUGAGGGCUGUGCUCUGAGCUGCCUGGGCGAGUGCCGUGGGGACGCGUGUAUGAUAGCGAUGGCCCCGGCGUUGUCGCUGCUUGUGUAAGAGUAGUGCACGAAAAAGAUAGAGGAGCAACAGCUGCUGAUCCCGGUCCGCCCGGAGACCUGUAGAAAGGAGACCACAAGCCGUGUGUGUCGUGUCUCCUCACCCACCCAACACUGACCGAUUCCGCGUCGUGUCUUGAUGUAGCUCGUGUGUUGGCUGCGGUGGCUCUUGACGUCACGCAUCACCGACUGCGAUCGCUGAAUGAGGGAUGGCGCUGCUUGUGAGGCAGGCCAGCUGUGCAUUGGCUCACACUCCAUCAACAGCGAGAAGCUGACGCCAUAACGACCUGCACACACGCGCAGAGACAUAAAAGACCAGAUAGCAUGCAUCAGUUCUGUGACUGCCCUCUCUCUCUCUCACCAUUCUUGACGCAGUGUCUCCCGACACCCUCGCCCGUGCACGCCAGACCAGGGUCCUCUCCCCCACCAAAGUGCGGAUAAGCACCCACUAAACCGCACCUGCCCACGUUGGUGUUGCACGCGAGGGGGUGGGUGUGGAUGAGGCCGUCGCACUGGUGGGGGAAGCAGUCCACGCGCGACUUGAGACCACAAACCUGGAACGUGAUUGACUGAAGACGAACAAAUGGACGGCGAGGACACCUGUUGAAAUGUCUGCUUGGUUCGUGGAGAACACUCACUCGAUUCGUGUUGGACGAGGGAUCGUUUUGUUGUUCCAGCUGGCACAUCGACGGAAUGGUGCUGUUUCCUUUUCUCGCUCCCCAUCUCAGUCUUGCCAGCCACCUCCCUAGCAGCGCGGCGGCGCGCCCGAACCUCUCUGCCUUCGCCUUUCCCUGUCUCCUUCUUGACUCGUCCCUGGCCCUCUGCAGCAUCUGCCCGUGCGACAGCUUCAAAAGACGACCCAGCCACCCCUCCUGGACCAUCGCGCUCGGCAGCAACACCUUGACGCCACUGUCGCCUCUGCUCGUGUCUCGGUCGUUCGGUGGACAGUGAUACGAUUGGUUGGUAGUCAGCUGCUCCAGUGGCGGUGCGUGGGGGUCCAGGGCACGCAGUCGCUCGUAGACACCAGCGAUCUCGUUGGCCAGAGGUGCGUGGAAGGGGGAGGGAGAUGUGCACUCGGACGGAGAUGACUCGGUUGGCACUGGCGAUGAGCCCACCCUCACAGCCGCACCCAU